AUGAUUCGAGUGGCGCGCGUCUUAGACCAGGAGUAUCAAGGGACGUGGUGCAUCAUUCUCCUAUUUUCUUCGCGAUUAACAUCAGGCUUCCUGGUUACGAAAUACGGGUUUAUUCACCUAUACGACCUCUCUGUCUUCAAGGACCAUCUCAAUCAUGGGGCUAGCUUCUUCAAGGAUGGUUUUAUCGAUCUCAUCACGGUGUUGCGAUACUACUGCCCUGAUAUUCCGGUAGGAGAAGUGAGAGACAAAAAUGAGAUGAUGUUAAUCAUUUGGUACCAAUCACCGACUCUCAUGAUGGCAGUUCAUAACGCUCACAACUGCGACUUUCACAGCCCAGGUUUCCUAUGCAUGGUGCAGGCCAUCUUCUUCCAGGUCAUCUGUAUGCUAGCCACUACUAUGACCUUCAGGAUCUCGUUCUCCGACCUCCUUUUCUUUACUCGUAAUGCGAGAAAAGCGCCUCUCAUCCCAGAGGGUUUCGUCCUCGAAAAACCUCUGGAGCGCAAAGCUACGUCAAUCCAGCUCAAGCCGGAGUCUCCAACAUUCCCCUCAGCACUUCCCACCACUUCCCAAUCACCAGUACCUUUGCCCGCAUCUCCCACCCCAGAGACACCCUUGAUGCCAGUCUUUUCGAUAGGAAAUCCAAGCACGGAAACUCUUGUGAACGUUGUUUCACAGCCCGGGUCCCCAACUCCAAUUCUGCAACUCUACCCGCCUGCUAACGAAGCUGUACAGACGCGACGCAUAUCGUUCGCAGAUUGUGCCACGCCCUCGCGCUCCGUGAAGCCUGUCAAUGUUAUUGACGUGGGCCAGGUCUCGUACAAGCCCUCCGCAGCCGCAGCGGAAACACAUGAGCAAGCAAAAGCUUUCAGAGAGGACGUUCCCGACAUGGAAAAGAAAUCAAAGAGAAAAAGCAUCAUGCGGAGCACAAAGGCACACCGCUUCUCGGUUCCUGUCUUUUCAUCGCUGACGCAUCUCACGAAUAAGCGGGCAAGUCUGCUGCGCAUAUCGGCAGCUGUUCUGGAUUCGCUACUAAUAAUGGCAGCAUAUCCAGAGGCUGUAGGUACAAUCAAUAGGGGUGACAGGAGAAGGAGCGAGAGCGGAGACUUAUGCAGGACAGCCUAG